AUGGACGACGCUUCGAUGGAAAAUCUCUCUCUGCCGGGAGCCUUCAACAGCUCCCCUACAGAGCAAAUGGAUAUCACCUCCAGCGACGACGUCACCCGCAAUCAUCCAGGACCGUCCCAGACUCCCCAAUCCCCUACAGAGCAAAUGGAUAUCACCUCCAGCGACGACGACGCCCGCAAUCAUCCAGGACCGUCCCAGACUCCCCAAUUACAGUCCCAGAUUCUCAAACCACAAGAAUCGGGCAAGCGAAAAAGGAGUGAUCAUGAAGAGAUAUCGUCGAGAAAGUUAAUUGCAGUCGAGCCUGAGUAUCUUCAAGAACUCGAGUUCGCGGUUGAUGAGUUGACUAAGAAGCUCAAAUCGAAGGAUAAAGAAAUAAAGCGCCUUCAGAGCAUAGAGCCGAGCGUCAACGAUUUGAAAGAUGCUGAAAUUCGACACCUUCGCGUUGUAGAGCAAAAGGUUGAGACUUUGAUUAUUGGAAAGAUAUAUAUAUCCAAAGAGAAAUCGGCGUCUGAUGGGGCAUAUAAGACCUUACAAUCCCAAUUCGAAGACUAUAAACGAGUACGUUUCCCAGGCUUCAUGUUAUCGUACCUGCGUUUAAGCAUCGAACAGGACGUGGAUCGCCAACAUAAAGAAGCAUCCCGUGCUAAAGAGCACGAAAUGUCUGAGCUGGAAGCAAAGUUCAAACAACAAAUCGAAGAACUCCAAAUUCAUUAUGACCGUACGGUGGAGGAAUUAAACAAAAAGGUUGAAUCCCAGUCUCUUCAGAUUUCAUCUCUGGUGGAAGACAGUCUUGAAGAAUCAGAAACUGCGAAAAUAUUGCUAAAUGAACCCGAUGGAGAGGGGUCCAAUAUCUUGGAAGAGGACACGUCCCAUAUCAAGGAGCUCGAGGAUUCGAAUAUGGCGUUUACGGAGCGAAUAACUGCUUAUGAGGCUCAGAUAGCGAAGCUCAAUGCUGAUUUGGAGGAGCAGAAGGCGGAGUCGUCAAAGCUAACGCGUGCUGUUCAGGAGCUUGAGGGACAGUCUGUCGAUGGUAUCAGCAAGCAGGAGCGUAUCACGGAACUUGAAGCUCUUGUGAGGGCGAAGACGACCGAACUUGAAGAGUUGAAGCACUCUACCUCUCACGCCCAAGACCUUGAAAAUCGCAUCAACGAACUACAGGCUCGUCUUGGGGAGUUCGAAAGAGAACGGGAGGGACAGUCUAUUGAUGGUAUCAGCAAGCAGGAGCGUAUCACGGAACUUGAAGCUCUUGUGAGGGCGAAGACGACCGAACUUGAAGAGUUGAAGCAUUCUACCUCUCACGCCCAAGACCUUGAAAAUCGCAUCAACGAACUACAGGCUCGUCUCCAGGAGUCUGACAGCGAAAGGGAGAAAUUGAUUCAAGCACAACAAUCAUCAAGCCAUCGCGAGAAUGUUUUAGCUUCAGAACUCCAAACUGUGCGCGAAAAGCGCAGUGAGCAAAUUAAAACGCUUACUGCCCAAGUGCGACUCCUCGAAAACGAAUUGUCCGGAAAUCAAACUGCACUUAAAGAUCAAGGUCAGGAGCUGGAGAGACUGCGCGCGGCGUCUACCCAGCGUAGGACCGCUGACGAGGCUGAGAUAGCGAAGCUCAAUGCUGAUUUGAAGGAUCAGAAGGCGGAGUCGUCAAGGCUAACGCGUGCUGUUCAGGAGCUUGAGGGACAGUUAACUGAUGGUAUCGACAGAGAGAACCGUAUCGUUCAACUCAACAACGAUCUAGACGCGAAGACUGCAGAACUGAAGAAGUCCAGGGAGGAGUCAACCUCUCAUGCCCAGCAACUUGAAAAUCGCAUUGGUGACUUACAGGCUCGUCUCCAGGAGUCUGACAGCAAAAGGGAGAAAUUGAUUCAAGCACAACAAUUAUCAAGCCAUCGCGAGAAUGUUUUCGCUUCAGAACUCCAAACUGUGCGUGAAAAGCGCAGUGAGCAAAUUAAAACGCUUAACGCACGAGUUCGAGACCUCGAAAAGGAGUUGGAACAAGCCGCGACCAACUCUCGCGAUUCACUUAGUAAAGAACGGGAGCGAUACCAACAGAUGUCCGUUGAGUUUCAAAAACAACAAGCAGCGCUAUCUCAAACAACUGAAGAUCUCAGUACUGUCAAGGCCGCUCUUGAAAAAGAAUUUGAGGACCAUGGUAAUACCAAGUCACUGUUGGAGCUUUUACAAAGCGACCUUGUGGACUCUCAAAAAGCCAUCUCAAUUCUUAACAGUCAAUUAGAGGCCACCAUGGCUGACCACAUCGAAUUUGGAGAGGAAGCGCAAGAUUCGGACUCGGCGAUGGACCCGGAUGCACCAGAAAGUACUCCGUCGGCGACUGGAAAAUCUCAAAAAGCGGCGGGCAAACGUCGUCAAAUGUCGAUGAUGCCGGAUACCACCCUAUAUACGCUUAUGAACCAUAGGAACGGCGACCUGCAGGUAAAUAUGGAGCCAGAAAAUUCAGCAGAACGACCCACCUUUUCAAAUUUUUUUAACCAAACGGAAUUUACUCCCACUCUCUCUACCUCUGCGAACCGUUCUUCGCCCGUCCGAGACGGUGACCUGGCCUCUUCUUCCAAUCCAGGGCCAUCAAUACCCAACAGAUUUUCAAAGCCGGGUCACUAUCGAAGAGGUAGAGCUACACAUCAAUCUCCACCUCCACCUUCCAGUGCUAUACCCAGAUCUGGUCGAGACGAUGUGCGAGGAGUCGAGGCUUCGACAGCCUUCCAUGCAGAUACUCCGGCAACGGUCGCUGACCCCUCUGUGGUUCCACCUCACUCUGUAUUCUCUUCGACGCCUCCUGUCACUCCUGUUCCUCCUGUUGCCUCAGUAUCUGCUGCUGAACGUGCUUUUCAAGAAAGAAUAUUGAAUACGCUAAGCACUCUGUCGAGUGAUGUGAGAGGCGUCGUUUCGGACGUGCAAGAACUUCGGUCUAAUGCAAAUACACAACCUGCAACCCCUCGUAGGAGGAUUCCAAACAGGAAACCUUACUCUCCUUACAAGCAAGCUGGUCCUAAUGCCAGCCGGCAGUUACAACAAUAUCUCCUCGGAAUAUCCGAAGAUGACGACAUCUUCAUAAUGGAUUCCAUUCACAUUGCAUCACCAGCCGAAGUAGAUAAGUUCGAGAAUUCGCUACGAGACCCCCCACCAUUGGAACCUCUUCAACUUCACUUCGACCAAGUGAAAGUGAAAUGGAACGCUUAUCUUGCGGACCUCUUUGCUGAACAGUUCUUGCGAUUACACAGCAAUCUUAAUGCUACUGCCGAUCAAAUCAAGGAACACUUCAUGGCAAGAGUGCAAAUGUUUCGUGAGAAAUUGAUUUCCAUCGUUCCAAGGCCAGGAGAAACCAGCGAACAAUGUUUCGAUCGCGUAAGGGAGGAACGUCUAAAUGCCAAUCGCAGGAAGCGGCGCCGCACUAGGCAACGUAAUAAGUUGUAUGUGGACCGUUAUAGUAACUGCAUAGAUGCCGGUCGUCAUGAUAUUGCAGAUGUCGUCUUGACACUUGGCGAAGAUGGAAUGAGCGAAGACGAAACAGACGGAGAAGAUUCCACAGUCGUCCUUUUGACGCAAUGGCGCAACCCAAAGCUCCUGACUCCAUUAAAGAUCGCUGAUAGCCUGCGACCGGCUACAAGCGUCAAUGGAACCAGACGACCAGGUAGCCGACCCCUUAAACGCAGAAGACUACAAUCCGCACGGGAAGGUUAUCAACCAGCUCCAGAUCAGCGUCCAGAAAAUUAUUACUAUUCUUCUUGGCGGGCCUGCUUAUCUCGUUAUGAUAUAGCGCUCUUGAAAAUGAAAGAUGCAAAACCAUUUUUCGGGGAGUAG